AUGCCGCGCUCCUUCCUGGUGGACUCGCUGGUGCUGCGGGAGGCGGGCGAGAAGAAGGGGGAGGGCAGCCCUCCGCCGCCGCUCUUCCCCUACGCCGUGCACCCCUCGCACCCGCUGCCCGCGCUGCCGGCCGGCGCCUGCCACGCUCGCAAGGCAGGGCUGCUCUGCGUCUGCCCGCUCUGUGUCACCGCCUCCCAGCUGCACCCGCCGCCGCCCGCGAUCCCCCUCAUCAAGGCUUCCUUCCCUCCCUUCGGCUCCCAGUACUGCCACUCGCCCCUGGCCCGCCAGCAGCACUCCGUCUCCGCCGUCAGCGUCGGGCACGCACCGACGCUCUACCAGGGCGCCUACCCUCUGCCGGACCCCCGGCAGUUCCACUGCAUCUCCGUGGACAGCACGUCCAGCCAGCUGCCCAGCAGCAAGCGGAUGCGCACCGCAUUCACCAGCACGCAGCUCCUGGAGCUGGAGAGGGAGUUCGCCUCCAACAUGUACCUCUCCCGACUGCGGCGAAUCGAGAUCGCCACCUACCUGAACCUCUCCGAGAAGCAGGUGAAGAUCUGGUUCCAGAACCGACGGGUCAAGCACAAGAAAGAAGGCAAAAGUAGCUCCCACCGGGGCGGGGGGGGCGGCCACAGCUGCAAAUGUUCGUCCCUUUCCACCACUAAGUGCUCGGAGGACGACGAGGACUUGCGCAUGUCUCCGUCCUCCUCGGGGAAGGACGACAGAGGUCUCGCAGUCACCCCCUAA